GUGCGGUGAGGUGUUACAAGAUGUGGGGAGUGCUGCUGUGGCUGGCGGCGGGCGGCUCGCUGGCGGCGGGGCAGGCGUGGCUCACCAACAUCACUGACCACCUGCGCGAGGGCACCUCCAGUGUGCUGAAGAUGUCGGAGGUGAAUUACUCCAAGCCGCUAAUCAACGCGACGUACGUGGCCAGCGUGGAGUUCGACAUGCGAGCAAUGGGACACCUGUACAACUCCACUCACGUCAUCAUCGACAUCAUCGCCAACAAGCAGGCAUAUCCUGAAGGCGUGGUGACUGUGUCGGACGGGCAUGUGGAGCUGGCGUCGGCGCGCGACGAGUGGCGCACGCUGCUGGCGCACUACGCGGGGCCCGUCGCCGUCAUCGCGGUGGUCGCGCUGCUGGUCGCCGUGCUGCCGCUCGCUGGUUUAUUCUGGUGCUGCUGUCAGUGGUGUCGUGUGGGGCGGCGGCGCAGGCCCUUCGACCGCAAGUAUGACGCCUGCCUCAAGGGCAUCCUCGCGAUCCUGUUCAUUGCUCUGCUCACUCUGUUCUUGUUCGGCGUGGUGUGUGCCUUCGCCACCGACUCGCAAAUGGAGAGCGGCUCGGCGGCUACCCCGGACGCUCUGCGGGCAGGAGUCAAAGACGCGUGCACCUUCCUCAACAGCACGCAGGCCCACGCGCGCCACCUCCUGGUGGACAACUACCGGGAGCUGGAGGCGCAGCUGGACGCCACGCUGACCACUAGCGGCCAGCUCGUGCUGCGCCAGCUGGACGAGUUCACCAGCGCCACCUCCGUGCAGAAGCUCAGCCACAUGGUGGAGCAGUUGGAGCGCGUGCCCGCCAAGCUGCGUGACGUGCAGCGCGCUACUGUCGACCUGCGGACUAAGGCUGAUGAGCUCAACACCGGUCUGCGGCAGGUGAAGACGCAGCUGCUGCGCACGCUGGCGCGCUGCCAGGAGCCGCAGUGCGUGCAGCUGCAGGAGAAGUACAAGAUCGGCCAGCUCGACACCGACAUACAGUACGACAAGAUCCCGGACGUGUCGGAGCUACUGAACAACGUGACGGCGCUGGUGGACGGCGCCAUGCGCGCGGAGGUGUCGGCUGGCCUGCAGGUGUUCUCCGGCAUCAAGCGCACCGUGGACCAGCACAUCCCGCGCGUGCGCGACGCCAUCACCGCCACAGGUCAGAAGCUGUCGCGUGUGGCAGACAGCGUGACGUGGGCGGCGGGCAACGCAAGCGAGCGACUACGUACCAGCGGCGCGCCCGAGCAGCUGCAAGACGUGCUGCGGCGCUACGGGCCCUACCGCCGACACGUCACGCGCACCGCUGCCGCUGCGCUGUUGGCGAUUGUGUGCUUGAUGACGUGGGGUCUGCUGUGCGGCGUUUGCGGCAAGCGGCCAGACGCGUACGGCGCCAGUGACUGCUGCAACAAAGGCUCGGGCUCCUCCUGCCUCAUGUGUGGCAUGGGCGUGACCUUCCUGGUGGGCGGCGGCAUCGCUCUGUUGCUGUUGCUGUACUUCGUGCUGGGCGUCGGGCUACAGCGCUUCGUUUGCGACCCGCUCACCGAGCCGCGCGACAGCCGCGUGUUCGCCGACGUGGAGCGCUUCGUGGACCUGGAGCGGCUGCUAUUCAACGAGCGCGCCGACCCCGACUUCAACCUCACCUACGUGCUCGUCAACUGCCACCGCAACCGCACCAUUUACGAGGCGCUGCAGCUGCACCGGCUGUACGACCUGGAGGCGCUGCGCGGCGAGGUGGCGGGCGAGGUGCACACGCGCGUGGCCGCACUGCGCACCGACUACCCGCCGCGCGGCCGGCCGCUGCGCAUCCUGCCGCCUGCGGCGCGCCGCAAGCUCGACCUGCUCGCCGAGACCGGCCUGUCCGACUUCAACUUCGACCGCAUCCUUUACGCGCUGGAGACCAACAUGACGUCGCUGUCGCUGGACGGGCUGGCGGCGCAGCUGCGCAGCACGGCGCGUGCGCUGGCGCCGCGCGGCGGGUUCGCCGAGGUGGCUGACAGCUUGCAGCGCGCGGCGGACAAGCUGGCCUCUCUACACGACGGCGUGGUGCGGCCAAUGCUGGACCGCGUGGCGCAGCUCAACGCCACGGCGGCCGAGCUGCGCGACGACCUGCGCUUCAACCAGUCCUCGCUCAAGGAGGCCAUCAACUCGCGCAUCCGGGACACCACCGAGGUGGAGCUGUUCCUCAACACGCAGGGCCCUGACCUGGUGCAGAACCUGACUCGCGAGUUCGCGGAGGCGAUGGGCGCGCGGCUGCAGGAGUACCUGGAGCUGGUGGUGCGCGCGGCGCGCAACGACGUGGGCGUGUGCGCGCCGCUGUCGCACGCCUACAACGCCACGCGCGACUCCGCCUGCCGCGCCGUGCUCAUGCCGGCCAACGGCUUCUGGAUAGCGGUGUCGUGGUGCGUGGUGCUGUUCCUGCCGCUGCUGGUGGUGGCGCAGAAGCUGGCGCGCCUGUACCGCCACCCCGACCCCUACCCCGGACCGCUGGUUGAGGCCGAGUAUUUGUAUGACGCGUACGCGGACCGCGAUAACGUGCCCCUCGCCAACGCUUACAAGGCCGAGAAGCGUAGCGCCGGGGGCAGCGGCAGCGGCGGGGCGCGGCGCGCAGCGCGGGGCGAGGAGGGCGCGGUGGCGGCGCCUGUCGACGCACAGCACGCGCGCAGAUAUAAUGAUAUGGCGCCAAAGCACUGGGAGGAAGGACCCCCUCGCUACCACGGACCUACGGAGUACGAGCGUCCUCCGCCAUACUACUAUCCCGGACCCGCUGAUAGACAGUAAACUGGCGCUCACGGAACUGGACGACGACUUUCUGAAGUACUGAGCAUCAUCACUCUACCGCCCGCCGUACAUCGCACCCAUCAUAUACGUACUCUUUGAUCCAUUCAAAGUAUCCAUACAAGUGUUAGAAUACACCUAUUCUCAAAUGAGAACAGCUAUAGGUACCCUAGUAUACUCCAUAUGAAACAAUCUUACGGGCCGUGCCACAUAUAAAUAAUUAUUAACAUAGACUAGGAAUAGAGGAAGUAAAAUACAAAAAGCGAAAAAAAAAAACAACUAUUUUUCUAGACUAAUUAACGAAUAGGAUCCUCUAUGCGUAAUUUCCGGCCCUCGUAUGCCAUACUGUUAGUUACAAUUAGGAUAAGGAACGGAUGAAUAGGACGGAUAGGUCUCAGUGGGUAGAGUUUGCUCUCAGUGACGGUAACUGCCAUAUUUCGACUGUCUCAUAGUUUACUCUUUUUAGUGAUUUUUACCCACGUCGGGCGGCUUCUGUCGAACAAUUCACUCAGUUCCUAUUAACCAAUUUUACUACGAAUAAGCUCAUAACCUAAUUGGACACUCUGAGACAUUGAUAUAUUUUGACUCCUUUUCGCUCUCGAAAUUGUCAUCCUGUUGACAUUUUUUGUGCCAACUGCGCGUUGUAUAAUUUUAUUAUGUUUAUAUAUUUACUUUUUUGGCUCGAGACAUUGAUCUUCUUCUAUCUUUUAUGAAUUAAUUCUCGAAAUAUUUCAAGAGGUUCAAAGUUGUGUUCGGUAGAAGCCGCGUCGAUGGUUAACGGUUUAUAAUAUUGUAUUGUAGUGUCGGGCUUUAACUGAUUCCCGAGUUAUUCUCUACGUUGGUGGCGGACACCCGCACAAAUACACGGGAAUCUGAGAGAUUCAUAUAUUAUAGUAUGUUGUAGAUUAAGUUAGUCUGUUCUCACGCGAGAUAAGCACGCAUCGGUUCGAUGUGGUACACUUUGCGGCAAAUUGUUUCCAAGAAUAUUCCGCAAGUUGAUAACUUGAAUUGCCAUCACAGUCAGUCUGAAAAUUGUGUCAGUUUUCUGUCAUUUAAACUGUGACGCGUUCACAAUUUUAAUUAUUACGAAUGUGCACAGAAUUGGUUGCUGAUUUUCUCGUGUGAGAGCAGACCAAAUCGAAUCCCUUUAGUGUAUUGUUUUGACUUGGAGCACUAAGAGUGAUAGGAACGAAUUUAGGUGUAAUGAUUGUAGGAGUUGCAACGGUUCCGAGCUCGCGACAUGCCUCACCGCGUACAUACUCUGACACUCCUGUUUGACUUUAGCAGAAAGUCCUGAACAAAUUAGGAGUGUGUGCGUUGUAGAUGACGACUUGCCGAGCGAAGUGACGUGUUUUUAUAUCCUAUGAUUAUGAUCAUGAAAAGAAGUCUAUUAUUAUUAAUAAGAAUUUAUUUCUGGCUUCUAUUGAAGUUUUUUUAAUUCUGUAUAUCUGCCAUGAAGUUUAGUAUAUUGCUGCGACUGUAGAUUUUAUUUUCUAUGACUAUGAUAUUAUAUCAAUAUCAUAAUCAAAUUUUAAAUGUAUUUGAGAUGUUUGUGACAUCAUCAAAUAAUCAAUGUUUUCUACUAGAUGUCCCGACUUCUUUUGGGAUAGUGACCAAAGAAACAGGGCUGCAUAGCCAAAGAUAUGAAUGCCAGUGAUUCGCAGUUAUUCUCACCUUGGCUAAGUGCUAAGUGCACUGCUUCGCCGGGCAAGUCGUUUGGAGUCGAUGUGUCGAGUGUCGAGCGUGUCGUGUCGUACGGGUGAGGACGCUGCGUGGAGCGACAAUCUCGUUCGGUGGAACAUCACGUUUUCGAGAUUCUAAUGCAUUUAUAUUGUGAACUUAGUAUUAUGAAAUUUACUCUCUGUGUAAUGUAGAACGUAAGUUUAAGUGAGCGAGGGCACCACUCGCGCUACCGCGUCUCGCGCCUUGUUCCCUGUGACGUACAUUCGUCACUAUUAGCGGUUCUGUAUGGUCUUUGACGACCAUUUUAUUGUCAUGCCUUGGUAUGAGAUUUCACAAGAGACGUUUGUGUGACCACACAAUGAAGCCGACUGCAUCUAUUGCUGCAUGUUUAUACAGUCUAUGAAUAACGGCUUAUAAAUAUGAUCCGUGGUUUGAUUCAUAUGUAAAAAUCGAUGAUGGAAAUCUCAUACUAAGUGUAGAGGGCGCUGAUAUACCUAUGUAUUAUCUAUUGACAGGAACAGAAUGUCUUCAACUCAUUACUAUACAUUUUAUCUAAUUCAAGUUCCUUUUAUGAAAUUGUAUGACACCAUUCCAACCUCUGAUCCUUUUAAUACGCAGAUGUAAUGAAUUGGAAGGAAGGGCUGAAAUCAACAAUCUAAGUACCUAUAUAUUUAUGCGUUUCGGUCUUGGAGGUUAGAAAGGUGUGAUAUUGACACGACAAUGUCUGCCAAUAUAAAAUAAAAUACUCUAAGACGACGUCACGUGAAAGAAUUGUCGAGUUAGUGCUAGUCUGUAUCACUGACCGCUGUAUGUUAUUUUAGAUUAAUAGUGAUUAUCCGAUUAGCUAAUUAGUAAGUUUAAAUUGUUGACUCGAAGUGCAAAAAGAAAUUAUUCGUUUAAGAGUUGUGUCAUAUCGCAUUAGUUUGUGGAUGUAAUGCCAAAUAACAUGAGGUUGCAUCUCGGUCGCCUGCAAGGUGCCACGUAUUGCAAUGGGGCGUCUUACGCCGAGCUGAACGCUAUGAAGUUGUUGAGAAAGCGCUACCGAAUAGAACGUAAACGUGUCUAAACUACUGGAACAUAUUUUACCUUUCUACCAUCUAUCGGUCAAAUAUACUAGCUUCUGCAGUCUUCAGAAUAAUUAAAUUAAGGCGUCAAUAAUAGAAAUUAGUUUUUGGUCCUACAUUUGAUAUCUAUCACCACUGAAGUUCUGCAAUUUACUCUGCUGCAUUUCCCAUCAAAAGUAAAUAACUUUUAUAUAGAAAUGCAAUUAAUAUCAAUGAGAAUCUCAAUAGACUUCACGUUUACGUUCAUGUUCGUGCUUUCUAGCGGAAUAAUUGACGUCUAAGAUUACCUAUUGGUUAGUUUAUAUGACGUAUAUAUUGUUAGGGAUAACAUCUGCGGGUAACUUAGUCACCGUGAUGUUAUUCUAGAAUUUUUGAUGAUAAGCUGAGGAGCAUAUUAGUUAAUGUAUCGAAUUUAUUUUCUCGUUGCAUUAUGGAAGUCACAUGAUCAGAACUUGUUCUUUGUGUUUUUACACGUUCAAAUGAAACUAGUUUGCAUUUGCCGCCAUCAAAUAACAAAAAAAAAAUGGCAGUUUGGGCUAACGUCAUGUUGAAUGUAAUUUGUAAAUUAUGCCACAAUGCACGUUAUAUUUGUAUCAAAAGCGAGUUAAUGCCGUGGAGUUAUCAGAGUCUGCGGAAUAUCGCAUAACUAAGUGAAUUGAUCGGCAUCUAUGUGAGAGAUAUUCCUUAGAAAAUAGAAGAUUUGUUCAUUGUCUAAAUGUCUUAUAUCACCUCUUUUAAAGUGUAGUGUAACUAUCCGAGUAUUUGUGACAUUUCCUGCUUCUUACACAAAGUUAUUUAAUAGUGACUGUUAGCAUAACUUGACGGCUGAACGUGUGACCUCCGUAUAAUGUGAAUGAAUUUUUAACAACAGUGUACCACCUUCUGCUCACUCGGUGGAAGUCUUCCUAACCUCGUAUCCUCACGAGAAAUUUCGCUCAUUUUUCGUAGUAACUUUCUGGCGAUCUAUAAUAUCUCAUGAAAUGAAUUAAUUCUGCUCAAUAUAUAAAUUGUUCUGUUGGAAUUUGGUGCUAAUCGAAGCAUCUCUUUAGGGUUAUUUAGUUGGAAUUAUUAAGAAAAAAUAUGUAUUGUAUAUUACUUUCGUGUUUAGCGAAAUUAGGUAUCAAUUGGCGUAGGUAUAUAUGAUAAUAAUAUGUAAUUUUUAUUCGUAACAUUUUAAUAUUGAGACUGCGUACAGACUGACAAUGUUGUAGCGAGAUUCAGUUGCUGGACUGUAUUAGCCAAUUAAAGCAUUAAAGCGAAAACAAAGCAUCGAUUAAUUAUUCGAUACAUUGUGCAACUAGUUUUUGUUAUAAAAACAGCAGGACAAAUGGAUCCCGCUGCAACUAACCAAACAGUCCAAAGUGUAUGAAACUGUAUUGUAUAUUGGAUGGCGAACUUAUUGGCACAUUUUAUUAUAAUUGUAUUAGUGUUAUAAUAUAUUCAUGUUUAGUGAUAGGAUUCGUUAGCCAAUUUACUUUAAAACAAUUAUAUUAAUUGCGCAAAGCGUUCAUAAUAUAAAUAAAAAUCAGCAAAAUUGUACUGAGACAAGAUUGGACUGUCAAAAUCGCUUGCGAAUUAUUUGCGCAAUUAUCUCUGCUGCUAUAUUUUAAAAUUUCAAGUGCAAUAUUGGUGUAAAAUUUUUCAAAAAGUCUUUUUUUUGUCACAUUGGCAAAGAUAUGAUAUCAAUAAUUAUAAAGCAGUAUUUUUCAAUUUCCAAUUUAGGUAUGCCAAUGUCUAUUGAAAUCAUAUUGAAUAUUUGAUAUACUUCAGUAAUUCUGCUGUACCAUGCCAAAGCGGCUGUCUGCCGCAGAUCUGGACUGUCUCGACGAUUGUAAAAUAAAUAUUUGAUUAUCUCUAAA